UACAGUAGGUGUCCCAAACUAGCGUGUUGAAGUUUGGAUUUUUACAAAAAUUAGUAAUACUGUUUUGUUUAUCUUCAAUACAAUAGAAUCUCGUACAUUGUAAACAAAAUGUCUAAAAUGCCAGAUUUUCCCCCUGAGGUUUUGGAUCUGUUAAAACCGACUCCUGAAAAUUGGAACGAGAGGAAAGACAAAAACGCCAUGGUGGGGAUGAUAUACGUAGACCCAAUGAAGGGACCCUACAUAGUGUACGUCUCCAGGUUGGAAUGGUUCUCCCUGGCACCAAGGUACGAGGAGAACCCUGGGGACGCCACGAAGCUUACCCUCCCUGUCACCAAUGUGAGGGUGUACUGCACCGGGGGUCCUUCCUGCUACGACAACACCGAGUGUAUAGAGAGAGUGCAGAAGAUCCAGGAGUACGACAUGAACGUUAGGAACCUCCCGGAUAUUGCUCCAAAUUUCCUCAUUGGAUCUGAAGGCAUUGUUUAUGAAGGAAGGGGAUGGACCAAGGAAGCAACAAGAAGCAAUGUAGACUUUCCAGAAUUUAAGGGGAACUGUUUGGAUAUUGCUUACAUUGGAGAUUAUAAAAAUACAGGUAAAAGACCGAGAUGGGCAAUUGUCAGGGCUCUGAUAAACAUGAUUUUGUACGGAAUCAAAAAUGAACACGUCCAUCCACUGUUUAAACUGUUUAACUAUAACACGAAGUACGAAUAUCUCAAAGGAGUUCCAGAAAUAUCCAACGAAUAA